GGAAGCACGCGACAAUAGUUUUGAUCUAGACAUGAUACACAAGCCACAGCCACAGCCACUACCACUACAACAGCCACUACCACUACCACUACCACAGCCCAGACCCAAGCCCAAGCCACUGCCGUUGUCACAAGUGCCCAUGAGACCGUUCAUUCCACCUCUGACCCACACCGGCAAUCCCCUGCACCCGCAGCCGCAGCCGCACUCCAGCGGCCAGUGGCUGUACUCCUCCUCCUCCCUCGCCCACACCACCUCCUUCAGUCAGCCGCGGUCGCGCCGCGAGCUCUACCCGCUGCGACACCAGCCCCAGUCCUAUCCCCAGGCCCGGCCGCACAGCCUCAGGCACACCCACUCCUACACGGGCCCAUCAUCCGAAUACCACCGCCACCCAGUCCAGGAGACCUCCUUUGCCCUUCCGCCGCGAGCGGCGAGGGGGGACCCCUUCCGACCCGUUCCAUCCCUGAGCAAUGUCGAGGCUGUCACGCAUGCCAUCCGCAACAAGAUCAUCUUGGAGGAGGACGAGGAGGAUAUCCUCGGCUCGGAUCGGUUCUAUUGAAGAGAUUUCAGCGCGCUCGAGUCGUCACGACACCCUUUAAGCUUUUUUUGCAGCACAGCACAGAUUUGGGAGCCCGCCAGAGGAAGCAGUGCCAAAACACACACCCACACACACACACACGACAAAAAACACCUGUAAAUGUUCCAUUCGAAGAUCGAUUCGUUAGCCGGGAGCCACAAACGAGUAAAGAGUGUUAAGUGAAAGUGAAAAGAAAGUAAAGAAGCCCAAUGCCAAGUGGGGCCUUAUGUGUCUUAAAUGCUAUAGCUAAGUGUAAUCAGAUUUUAUUUAAAUUAAAUGGUCCUAGGUCUAAGGUCCUAACCAGGAGGAGCGAGCAGCGAGGAAGGAGCAUCAUCCUGCAGCAUUUGUUGAUCCAUUUGGGGGGGAGGGGGUUCGCGUCUCGUAUUCGUUAUGCAAUCGAUUGACUAAGUACAUGAAUAAGUGUCAGCUUUAAUAAUUUAGUGAACGUGUAUUAAUCUAAGUCAAGCCACACACACACACAAACCAGACACACACCCGACACUGACACGCACUGACCCUCAGUUAGACUUAAAACCGAUUGAAAUCUCUUCGAUAGUAUCAAAUCGAUGUCUUAUCCCCCAGUCCUCUAUCCAAAAAUUGGUAUUUCUUCCUCUACUUCUUCCGCUACCUUAGUAAUGCUACAAUACUAGCCUUUAACUAUCGGAUAGAUGUACUUCCUGUACGGGCUUCUCGAGAGUACGGGGCCUCUCAAGGCUGUCGGGCGAGUGGGCAGGGGGCCUUGGGCCUUGGGCCCCGUACUCCCAGCUAGUUUUGAUGCCCACUAUAAGCUAUAGCAAUAUCUUCGAUCUAGUUACCUUGCCACACCGCACCACACCAUAUCAUGCCACACACCUGCCAAUGUACGCACAGUUCGCACCGAUUGCAAGCGAACGAGCCCUGACUGGGAUCGAUACCAGAGCCCACUUAGAGGUAUAGCGAUUUAAACUACCAGUGCCUUAAAAAACCAUCAAACCAUCAGGACACACCACUCACAGACUUCCCCUGCCCUGCCCUGCCCCGCCCAUCCAUCAGUCCAUCAGUUCCAUAUCAUCUCCACACGCUAAAGUCGUAUGCGUCAAAAUUAUUGUUCAAGUAUUGUAGGUGUUACGAGUAUAUAUGUAAAUGUUGAAGUAAACGUUGAUCUGGCCCAUUCCGAACGAGCACUCCUUUUACAAUUCCAACCACCAAGCAAAAUUUCGUGGACCUAGCGCCAAGCACUGCAUUCAAAUCGAUCGCCACUGCCCCAGAACCCAACCCAAAGUCCAGGACCCCCAAAGGGUAGGGGCCAAAGGACAUGGGGAGCGAAGAACAAGGCAAGAAUCUAGUACUUUUUUAUAUGUAAGAGACUACACACAAAAGGUGAUAUAAGUAAAUUUUUUGGAGAGCUACGCGGCAGAGAAAAAUGGGAACAAGACUUGAAGAGCAAGAUCAGAGCCAAGUGUUUCCUGGAGAACAGUGCCGCCGCCAGUUGGGAGUUGGGAGUUGGGGGAUGGAUCGUUAGGGGUAGGCACUGGGGAUGGCAGCAAAGUAAAGAUUAACCUACGAUACGCAAGCACUUCUUGUAUAAAGUGGCAAACAAAAUUGAUCUAUGUAUUAGCUAAACUUAAAUCAAUGAAAUAUGAAAUAUUACUUUUUAAUAUUAGCAUAAUGUUGAGGACAAAAGCCUAGACACGAUCCUCCUCGGCCAGAUCGACUCCACGUGUACUUAAGAAAAUAUUGCACAUAAUUCACAGAACUGGUAUUUCAAUAUAAAUAUACAUACAUCUAAUAUACAUACAUAUAAAGAGAUACACGCCCCCAUACAUGGACAUACAUAUAUGGAGGUGUACCGUAUGUUCCAAACUAUAAUUAACAAAAUUUAAACGGAUAAACAGAUACAGAGGAUCAGCCGGCAUUUUGUAAGCGAAGCAAACCAGAAAAAUAAAAAAAUAUAAAACUAUAAAAGAAACUAUAACAAAUUGUACCAGAUAAUGUUCAGUGACAUCUGCGAAGCGAACUUUGAUGCUGAGACUUUGUCUGAUCUCAAGGGAGGAGAGGGGAGGCGGCUCCCGCACAAAAGAAAAUCUUCGGAAACAUAGCUUACGGGAUAAUACAGAUAUUCCACUAAUAUUAUAUAUAUUGUAUAUGUAAAUUCCUCUGUCUGAUCGAUCGGCAAAACAAAGUUCCAAGGAUCGCUGCGUUAUGAAAAAAACAAAAACAA